GACGCGGCCGCGGCUGCGCGUGAACUGACGGAAUCAGCUCGUGAGCGCGCAGAGAGCAGCAAUGGCCGCUCUGGAUCGGCGGAAUCUUAAUCUCGACGAUUUUGUGGGAUUAAACUGGAGCAGCUGGGUCGACCGGCUGGAUGUUUCAUCCUCUGACGCUAAUGUUGAAGAGGGCAGCAAGAAUGGGAGGAACUGCUCUGGCACCAUGACCCUCAGGAAAGAAGAUAUGCACACAUUUGGCCACUGCCCAGCACACGACGAGAUCUACCUGGUGGUGUGCGGCCACUGUGGCCAGGUGGUGAAACCUCAAGCCUUUGAGAAGCACUGUGAGAGGCGGCACGGUCCUCUCACUAAGAUAUGUGGACAGUCUUCUACUUUGGCUCCACAGCAGCGACCUCGCCCUUCUCGCCAAACUUCAAAUCAUUCCUCCUCUAGAGAGAGGCAGAAAAAUGCCAGAUGUCAGGAAGCCAGUGCCCCCUCCUCAGCAUCACCGGUACACCAGCACAGGCCUAGCAAGGCCCAGAAGGAGGCAGUGAGUUUUCCUCCCGUGGAGAAGUUCCCUCAGGAGAACGCUCCCCUUCCACACCACUCCUCCUCCUCCACGCCUCGCCCCAGGGUCCCUCCGUGGCACUCAGGACCGCUGCCCCCCGGCCACUCUUCCUCCUCCGCUUCUCCGUCAGAGAGACCCUCAGUGGAGAAGUCCACAGCUGGCCAGUCCAGUGAGUCUCACAGUCCUCUGCGAGGGACGAGAACCUACAGCCGGAUUUACAAAAACAUCAACAAGAAAGAAUGUGACCCGAACAAACAGUGCGUAGUUCUGGAUCCAGAGAGGAAGAAGCUGUGCAGCCGGGAGCUUAUAUGCAAUACUGAUUCCAUCCACCAGCAGCAGAAAUCAUCGGGAAGGACUAAGACCUUUGAUCAGCUGGCAGAGGAGCAGAAAACAGCCUCCGCAGGUCGAGACACGGAGCAGCUUCUUGUCAAAUCAAAAGACAAUGAGCAACAUCUGGAAGCUUUUGAAGAGAAAAUAACAACUCAGAGCAGUAAAACCUUCAACAGCUCCUGUAACAUUCUCAGCAAGUCCGGUGAACCAUCAGAAAGCCUUCCAGAGGAGGAAGGCAGCAGCGCUGUGGAAGUGGAGGCAAAUCCUCAACAUCCCUUCAACCAGAGCAGGCUGUCAGGCGAGGAGAGUGAAGACGAUGAGCAGGAGGAAGCCACAGACCUGCCUGCCACACCCUGGCACCCCAAACCUCUCGGGCUAUGCACUUUUGGAUGCCGCACGUUGGGCUGCAGCAUCUUCACCUUCAACCGGCGUUUGCACCACCUGCGGUUUGCCCUCAGCGCCAUGCUGGAGCGCCAUGUCAGCACACACUUGUGGAAGAAAAUGCCUCAAGUAUCAUCAGGUCUCAGGUCAUGUCAUGUCACACCUCCAACUGUAGGAUCACCUGUCAGGACCGGGGCCAGACCCCCCAAAUCCACUGUCUCCCUCAGCCUAGAGUCUACCUCGCUGGGACAACUGGAAACCAAAACCAGUCAGCUCAACUGUCACGGUAUCAAACCGCCUUCUUCCGCCACGUCUGCGAGACUCGGGCUUGGCCGACGGCGCAACCCCGCUCGGCUGAGCGAGGACAAGCUUAUGCAAGAUGCAGGCGCAGUGCAGAAAGCUGCCAAGGUGUCACACAGCGGUGAGGACAAAUCCUCCAAAUACAUCAGGGACCCCCCCCUCAAUGAGAAGGGCCAGCCACACGUCCCCUCCUCUCAAGGACCAGUAAAUGGUUCCUUCUCACACGGAAAGAAGCCAUGCCCUCCUCCCCACUGCUCCCCCCGCAGCAGCAGCAGAAGGAGGAGGCCGCCAGGGAUUCAGCAGAAGGUGGUGGGCUACGACCACAGGGGUCUCGACCAAAAGCGCAAAGGCAGCAAUGAGUCACCGCCCCUUAGCACCGCGCUAGCAAAGUGUCAACGCUUGUCAUCCCCUUCCCGGAGAGGAGAGAGAAUAUCGGGCAUGCUUUGGGCCUGGAGAAAAGAUCCGACUCCUAAAGACCAAUAAGGAGGCCAGCCUUAAAAAGGAGAAGAGGCCUGCAGCUGUUGCCUGCAUAGUAUGAGUGUGUGAAUGUAUGUGAUGUGUAUGUCUGUAUGUUUAUGUCUGUCUUCACAUUUUUAUGCACAGACAUCAGGAAUAAAUAUCUGUCUGCAUGUUACCGUACGUGUGUAUUUUUGAAAAACUGUCUAUUUUUCUACGUGUCUAAAUGUCUCAGUUUGUUACCUGUUGUAAGAACGUAAAAAAUACCUCAAUCUACUCAUCAUGCUGCUAAAGUGAAACGUCAUUUCAUGGCAAAACAAUAAAAACAUUCUUGAAUCUGUA